AUGGCACCUUCCAAAGAACCUGCGUCUUUGUCUUUCCCGGUACCAACCACCACGGACGCCAGCAAAACUGUCGUCCGCGGAGCCUCCCUUCUCAUCAUCCUCCAAAUCGGCUCCCGCGCAGUCACCUUUAUUGCAAACCAGCUUCUCCUCCGCUUCCUGACUGCCCGCCUUCUCGGCGUCUCGACACAACUAGAGGUUUAUUACCUUUCGGUGCUCUUCUUCGCCCGAGAAUCCCUGCGCGUUGCCGUCCAGCGCCAGGAAACCCAAGGCAAUGCCGCACGUCAUUCCUCCAACAGCAAAAAGGAUGACAACCCAAAAGCUCGCAUAGGCCGAGAAAGCCAGGCCGUCAUCAACCUGGGCUACCUAGCCGUCCUCCUUGGCCUUUUUGUCACCAUCGGCCUCGGAUGGUUGUACCUAUCCUCCGUCGACUCGUCCACCGCCCAUACGCCAAACUUCCUCCUCGCUCUCCGGCUCUACGCCCUGGCCGCUAUCCUUGAACUCCUCUCGGAACCCUGCUUCGUUCUUAUGCAGACCCGCCUACGCUUUGGCACCCGCGCCACCGCCGAGUCCAUCGCGACCUUUCUCCGAUGCACCGUUACCUUUGCCACCGCCUUUUGGGCUUCCAGGGCUGGCGUCGAGUUCGGCGUGCUCCCCUUCGCCGUUGGCCAACUCUCCUACGGCGCAACUCUGCUGGUGGUCUAUCUUUCGUCCGCAUCCCGCCUUGCCCGUGCAGAUGGCUUCUCUCUCCUCCCAAAGAGCCUCGCCUCCACAUCUGGUGGCGGAGGAGAGGACUACCUCGCCUCCUACUUUUACCGUCCCACCGUCAGUCUAGCCUCCAGCAUGACAGCCCAGAGCCUCGUCAAGCACGUCCUCACACAAGGCGACACCUUUCUCGUCUCGGUCCUGUCUACCCCCAAAUCUCAGGGUGUCUACGCGCUGGCCAGCAACUACGGAGGCCUCCUGGCCCGUCUCGUCCUCCAGCCCAUUGAGGAGAGUAGCCGCAGCUACUUCAGCCGUCUGCUCUCCUCCCACGACGCCAAGACCAAAUUGUCACCGUCCACCAAGGACACAGCAGCAGCAGCAGCAACUACGGCAAGCCAGCACCUUCACACCCUUCUCAAAUUCUACAUCCUCCUCUCCUCAAUCAUCGUGAGCAUCGGCCCCGUCGCCGCGCCACCGCUUCUCUCCCUCGUCGCAGGCCAACGCUGGGCGUCCGAGGGCGCAGGCGACGUCCUGGCCGUCUACUGCUACUACCUGCCCCUCCUCGCACUCAACGGCGUAUCCGAGUCCUUUGUUGCCUCCGUGGCCUCCGAGGCCCAGGUCCACCGCCAAUCCGCCUGGAUGGGCGCCUUCUCCGUUGCCUUUGGCUCGGCCGCCUUCUUCUUCAUGCGCGUCAUGGACCUCGGCGCCCAGGGCCUCGUCUACGCAAACUGCAUCAACAUGCUGUGCCGCAUCGUGUGGAGCCUCGCCUUCACCAAAUCGUACUUUGCAGGGUUGGAAACGCCGUUUGAACUCUUUUCGCUGCGGCCUAACGCCGUCACCUCUAUCGUCUGUCUAUCGGCGCCGCACCUCAUCAGGAGGGUCGCCGGUGUUGCCUCGGCGGGCGUGUCUACUUCCCCGUUCAAGGACAUCAUCGCCAUCGGCCUAGCCGCCGUUCCCGUCGUACUUUUGAUGUAA